GUAGUGAGCUGCAGUGCCCAGACUUCUGUCCAGACCAUUAUGACCCAGUCUGUGGUUCUGACCAAGUUACGUACGACAACGACUGCAGGUUACGUAGUGUUGCUUGUACUAACAGACAACUGAAGAAGGUACAUGAUGGCCCUUGCAGCUUAUUGAACGGUAGCAAAAACUCUCGCUUCACACGUGAUAAGACUCAGUGUCUGGAACUGUGUUUUGCCACGUUCGAUCCAGUGUGUGGCACCGAUGGCAAGACCUACAUCAAUUCCUGCUACCUGGAAGCUGAGACUUGCAAGAACCCUCACCUAAAUCUGCGUGUUGACUUUAAUGGUCAAUGUGAGGAGAAGAUUCAGUGUCCAGAAAUUUGUUACGCGCUGCACGACCCUGUGUGUGGCACUGACGGGAAGACCUACAGCAAUUCCUGCUACCUGAAAGUCGAGGCUUGCAAGAACCCUCACCUUAAACUGAGCGUUGACUAUAACGGCGAAUGUAAGAAGAUUCAGUGUCCAGAAAUUUGUUACGCGCUGCACGAUCCUGUGUGUGGCACUGACGGAAAGACCUACAGCAAUUCCUGCUACCUGGAAGUUGAGGCUUGCAAGAACCCUCACCUAAACCUGACCGUUGACUAUAAGGGCGAAUGUAGUUUGU